GUGUAGCUAUGGCAUUUCUUGCCAACAGCCCUGUUAGCCGAGGGGACAGUGGAUGAUGACAAUGCGACAGCAUCGCAGGAACCGCGGCCACGCACCAGGCGCAUGCGCGGUGGCCAUGGUGACGCCGCGAUUGCCCCAACCGCGACAAGAUGGCUUCCAGCUUCAAGAAGCCAAACGCAGCCUCUACCAGCCAGAAGAAAAAAGUGGGCCCUAAGCCCGAACUCACUGAAGAGCAGAAGCAAGAAGUGCGGGAAGCAUUUGACCUCUUCGAUGCCGACGGCAGCGGGACCAUCGAUGUGAAGGAACUGAAAGUGGCCAUGCGGGCGCUGGGCUUCGAGCCCAGGAAGGAGGAGAUGAAGAAAAUGAUCGCAGAGGUGGACAAGGAAGGCACAGGCAAGAUCAGCUUCAAUGACUUCCUGGCUGUGAUGACCCAGAAGAUGGCCGAGAAGGACACCAAAGAAGAAAUCCUGAAAGCUUUCAGACUCUUUGAUGAUGAUGAGACCGGGAAGAUCUCUUUCAAAAACCUCAAGCGCGUGGCCAACGAGCUGGGCGAGAACCUCACAGACGAGGAACUGCAGGAGAUGAUCGACGAGGCCGACCGCGACGGUGACGGCGAGGUGAGCGAGGAGGAGUUCCUCAGGGUCAUGAAGAAGACCAGCCUCUACUGAGGACUGAGGGCUGAGUGGCUCCCCGCUUGCCCUCAGUGAAAGUCGACUUGGGGGACACCGGCUGCCUAUUCUCCCCCUUUUCCUCUCUAAUUUAUCUUGGUUUCCAAACCUCUAGGUCAGUUAUAAAACUUUAAAGAUGCUUGUGACCUGUGUUCUGUUUCGUUUUGUUUUUUGAUUCUCAGGAACAGACCCAGAGGAGCUUUAGUUUAGGGCCCCAAAGCCAGAGCCUACCCACCACUUGCGCUGGUGGGCAAACAUUAAACUGAACGCAGGACUGC